GUUAUCAACCAAGCAGACUGUGACCAGGAAGAAACCAAUAAAAAACUUUUUCUGCGAAGAAAUAAACUCACGCACAUUGAUGAAAGCAUUGAUUGAAUUUGCUAACAGACUGCAAACUGAUCUUGUAUUCGGAGUAGGUAAAUAUUAAGCAUUGAGUGAAGAUGGGACGAUCACGUUCACGAAGUAGGUCACGAAGCCGGGGACGACGUUACAGCCGCAGCUACAGUAGAAGCAGAAGCCGGUCAUCCACCCCAGAGUCAUUCCGAGUUCAUGUCUCUGACCUAGGUCUUGAUCCAAGCAAGAGAGAAAUUGAAAAGGCAUUCGAUAAGUUUGGGCCUCUCAUUGAGGUCUGGGUUGCACGUAAUCCACCAUGUUUUGCAUUUGUGGUUUACAAAUAUAAAGAAGAUGCUGACAAUGCCAUAAAGACAAUGGAUGGACAGGUGUUGUCAAGUGGAAGGAUCCGUUGUUCGUAUGCAAGACCGCGUAUUCGAGGUGGGCGGGGCAGAAGGGCGGGGUUUGAUGCAACAUUGAGGUGCUACCAGUGUGGCGAGAUGGGCCAUUUCUCUCGGGAUUGCGAUGAGAUCUGGAGACAGAGGAGCAGGAACAGGGAGAGACAACACCGUCGAAGGAGUAAUUCACGUUCAAGGUCAAGGUCUCGCGGUCGAAGGUCAAGGUCACGAGGUCGAAGAUCACGGAGUAGGGAGAGGAAGAGGAGUCGCCGUAGUAGGACCAAGUCCAAGAGUCGGUCACCAAGCAGGUCUCGUUCUAGACGUCAUCGAUCCUCAUCAAAAUCGCCACGGAAAUCCAAGACACGAUCAAGGUCACGUUCCCCUCGUGAGAACGGGAAAGAAGAGCAAGAAAAAAGUCCAGUUAUGCCUGACAAUGCAGGGGAUGCUCCUGCAGAAGCCCUCGCCGAUGAUUAGUUGGGAAUGGCAAUGUUUACCCAUUAAACUUGCCAUAUUUGUAUACAUGUUCUGUUAAGUGUUAUAACAUCUUCUUUUUUUUAUCUUGGAUAGUUAUUUUGAAUCAUUGAUUCACACUUACAGAUACUGAUUUUUAUGUUAAUAAUUUAGAAUUUAGGCAUAAAAGCCUAAUGGGGUAUGUUUUGGUUUGUUCAUUUGUCAUCAAGAUUGGAUAUUAAAAGUGCAUAUCUUGAAUUGGAAGGUUUAUUCAUUAAAAUCAUAGUGUUUCUUCUAAGAAUGAAAAAAAAGCAAAAGGGUGCAAUCGAAAUGCAAGACUGAUUACACAGCUAAAUGGGCACUCUGACAUGUCUGAAAAUAACUCAUUGGGCUUAUGUAUCUUGUUAGCAGAUACCCAACUUUAAAAAGGUUUCUUGUACAUAUUAUUUUACAAGCUUACGCAAAAGCUUACGAAGAACUUCUUACAUACACACUCGCAGCCUGACCACAAAUUUCAAAACAAACAGGCAUUCUUUAAAAAUGACCUACAUGAAGUUCUUAUGCAUGCGGUUACACAGUUACUUAAAAUGACAAAUUCGUGUUUUUUUUUAUAAAAAUAUCAAUGACUUCAACAAGAUUGUGUAAUAACUAAUAAGUCAAAAUUAAUCAUGCAUUUUAGAUAUUGACGAGUAUCAUUGAAAUCACAGUUUACAUCCUCGUCAAAGGAUUUCUGUGUAGUUUUAGAGUCGGAUAUAUAGUUAGGUGUCGUCUGCAAAGCAUGGCAGCCACCGGGAUAAUACGGCUCAGCGUCGUCGGGGGCGUCACACUCAUUUCCGAUCAAUGAGUUUUGAACGACUGUGAAUCAAGUUUUCAUUUUGGGGGGGGGGGGGGGUCCAAGGCAAAGCUCGUUGUGACAUUGUUUAGAACAUAAAUGGGCGCCUCGCCUCGACAGGCGACACAUUCGACUCGUGGAAUUCCAGCUUCUUUUAGAAAAAACACUUAAUAGUGAAUAUUAUGUAACUAUUUCUGAUCAUUGGUUUGUCAGGGGUAUACAUGAAGUUCUUAUGCAUGCGGUUACACAGUUACUUAAAAUGCAUGAAUAUGCUUUGUGUAAUAUUUUAUUGAAUAAUCCUUGUUAAACAUACAUGUUAUAUGUAUUCAUAUAGAUAUUGACAAUAGAUUGAUGAACUAUUGAUCACUUAUGGAUUCUGUCAUCAUUAUGGAUUCUGUCAUCAUUAUGUACCCAUUUUAUUUUCAUUCUCCAUGGUUUGGUCUCAAUAAAGAUCUUGGUAAAUCUGAGUUGUACAUUGAAAUUAUCUUGGUGUCAUACUUUCCUUAUUGUACGGAUUAACGGUUUUGCUCAACAAUUAAAACUUUGAAAUCAAAUGAUUAUCAUGAUAUUUGUUUAUAGUUUGUAUCUUAUUGAUAUUGCUCAUUAUCACUGCUACACACAUUUAUCAUUUUCAUGUUUUGUGGAAUCGAGUUUCUUAUGGCUUAAGAAUAUUAGCAGGUUAUAAAAAGGACAGGGUGCUGAGGGAGAAAUGGGAAUAUUGUAUACGGCUCUGGGUAAUCUGAACAUUAUGAAUUUGACAGAAAAUGUUAGAAAUCAAAGUAUAAUUAUGUUUAAUAUAUAAACAAAAUUAAUAUUUGACAGUCUUAAGCAUUAAAUUCUAUGAAGGCAGAAGGGUGCCCAUGCUGGUCUGCACGAGAGCAAAAGGGUGCUACCAAAAUUAGACACACCCUUCUGUAAGUGUUAGCUGAAAUCCAAUGGCUAAAACAUGAAGCUAAUGUAUGUUAAUAUGAAUGUUGUCUCCAUGUUAUCAUUACAUUGAUGGAUUUGGUGUUAUGGUCAUUUAAUACUUGUAUACCUUUGUAUUAUGUCACACAGAUAUUUGCAUUGCAUGGGUAAAUCAAUUCAUCUAUUGUGUUUCAUUUUAAUGUGCUAUUGAUUUAUUUUUAUAAUCAUUAUUAUAACUAUAUAUUUGUCGUAAACAGAUGCAUCUAAAGCCAUUGUUAACCAGUAAGAUGAUUGCAUUUGAAGACGGGUUUGUUUCUAUAAAAAUACUUACCCCCAAAACUCCAAACUUUUUAAUCAAAUAUUUUAGAACUAUGCAGCAUGAUUUAUUCUUAAAACAAUCACAUUUUUUUUCAAUUUCAGAUUUUCACUGAUGAAAUAAUUUGCCCAAGCAUUGUGCCCAUUUUUAUGGGCAUAAUUGUCGGUACAUAAAUGUUACAAGCUGUUAAUGAUGUUCUUUUUUAAUGUAGAAAUAAUCAAAUUUGUCAUUCCAUGUUUUAGUUUGUCCUGUUCAAAGCUUGCUGUUGGAAUAUGUUUUAUAUAUUCUGAAGCUGUAUAUUGUCUUUGACUGUUAAACUGUUAAUGUCUGAUAGUCUGUUUUAGAUGAUUAGGGAUAGAACGUUUGACAUUUAAGAGUGGAUUAUCGGUUUGAAUAAAGUCAUAUGAAGCAUUAA